UUAUGCCCCGAGGAAACGCCCCAAUAGGAGAUGAUUACGAUGACCCUUGGAAGGCUCUAGGUGGUUGGUUUCUUGGUCCACGAGCCGAAAACGGAGAGGUGUUCAUGAGCAUUUUCAAGGACAUCUUUGAUGAGCAUGUUCGGCUAAGAAAGAGCUUCUUUCCAGCGGACCCUGAGUACCUGACCGAGGAGGUGAUGUUGUCGAAACCUUAUCUCAGCGAGGUGGAGGACAUGAGAGACUGUCUGAUGAAGAUGCAGGAAGACAUGGCUGGCAAUACCCCCUUCUUCUCACCUCGAUACCAAGCCCACAUGCUGUGGGACUCCACCAUGCCAUCUCUGCUGGGUUACAUGACUGCCAUGCUCUUCAACCAAAACAACGUGGAUUCAGCCGCUAGUCCUGUAACAACACAGUAUGAACAAGAAGUCGGACAACAGCUUUGUGACAUGUUAGGAUACAACAUCGACCCUAGGAGUAGACAACCUCUCUCUUGGGGUCAUGUUACUUGCGGGGGCUCUGUGGCCAACAUCGAAGCUCUUUGGGCGUCCCGGAACCUUAAAUUUAUACCUCUUUCUAUCAAAGCAGCUCUGUUGAAUGAUGAUCCACUGAUUGGACCACUUACCUUCCUGUCUGAAGACCAAGUCAGGAUAGGUCUGAAAACUCAAUUGCUGGUCGGUAACAGUGAGUCUGAACGCAGAAAUUCUGUUGCCCUCGUAGAGUGCACCACUUGGCAGCUCCUCAAUGUAGAUGUGGACGAGAUUCUUGACCUUGAACAAACAGUCUGUAGCCGGAUGAGGAAACUAGGCAAGGUUGACAACAUCAAAUUGAAUGGUCUCAUUGAAAAUGAGGGUGUAAUGAACGAAGGAUUAUUUGAUUUCAUGAGGAAGCAUGGCCUUGAGCAUUCACCUGUCUACACAUGCCCUGCCAAUAAUCACUACUCUUGGCCUAAAGCUGGUACACUUUUGGGUCUUGGAUGCAAAGGUAAUAUUCCUAUUAAUCUGGAUACAAAUUUUAGGCAGAACUUAGCCCAUUUGAAAGAGGUACUGGAAAAGUGUCUGAAAGAAAAGAAGCCAGUUAUUGCUGUUGUGGCUGUGAUAGGUUCCACCGAGGAGUCUGCAGUGGACCCAAUUAAGGACAUGUAUGCGCUGAGAGAGGUUUUCAAGGAGAAGGGACUCAACUUCGCUCUGCUAGCCGAUGGGGCUUGGGGAGGUUACUUCAAGACAAUGCUUAUAGGUGCCCCUGCUGAAGAUGUAAUGAUGAACACGGCAUCAGGCAGCUUUGUUCCGUAUUGCAAGCUUAGUCCCUACGUUGAAGAGCAAUACAGGAAUAUUCAGCUGGCGGACACAAUCACUAUUGAUCCUCACAAGUCUGGUUUUUGUCCUUAUCCCGGUGGAGCACUCUGCUAUCGUAAUAAUAAGAUGCGGUAUCCUAUUGCCUUUAGUCACCCAGUUGUACUGAAUGGUGAGGGCGAUCCUAAUCUGGGUGUCUACGGAAUUGAGGGGUCAAAGCCGGGAGCUGCUCCAGCAGGGAUAUUGAUGUCGCACAAAGUCAUUGGAUUGAGCAAUUUUGGAUAUGGUCGGAUAUUGGGGCAGUGCACCACAAUUUCCAAAAUCUUCUAUGCCUUGUGGUUGACAGUGGCGAAGGAUGAUGACCCAUUCGUAUGUGUCCCGCUGCAGAAUGUCCCCGAAGGUUAUAACAUUACCAGUGCAAGGAAACUGAUCAAGGAAACAAUAGCUUACAAGCAACUGAGCGAGAUCUUCCAGAACCAAGAAGCCAAGAACUUUCUGACUACAUGCGGUCCUGAUACCUUGAUCAACACGUUUGUAGUGAACUUCAAGGGUAACACCGAUAUCAGGAAAUGCAACAAGCUUCAGGACGCUCUAUCUGACGCAAUGAACGUAUUUGUAGGGUCCAAUGCUGGCCGAGUUCCUCUCAUGUUGAUGGAGUCUGGACUUAAAGCAAAGGCGCACGGUGAGGGCCUUUCGGUCUUUAAAGAAAAACUCGGUUUGGAUCAAGGUGACGAGGACUUGAAUGUGAUGGUGAAUACAUGCAUGAACCCCUGGCAAUCAAAUGAAUCAGCCUUUGAAAUAAGCGAUUCUUUCCGAAUGGUUGUACUGAACGCUAUUGGACGCAUUGAAGACGACUUUGCAAUCCACAAGUUUGUUCUCUGUGAUCAAUUAUUAAAAAACGAGAUUUUCAUUGAAUACAUGACUUGUAAUGGCAUUCCUGAACACCAUUACCAAGCUACAGUGAAAGUGAGGAUGUCCAAUUCCUACAAAGAAAUGGUGAAAAAGUAUCGAUCAAUUUGCAGACAAGACGGUUUACCUGUGGUAUUCGAAACGCUUGCGGAGAAGAAGACGGGCACCACCCGCCUCAAUCUUCACGAGUUGCUGCAUCGCAAGGAUUCCGAGUUUCGCAUGAAAUUCUCUCAUGAUGCCGCCGGUAACACUGUUAUCUUCAAAGUGGUUGACAUUCCCCGGUAUCAACGUUUAGACCUGUCUUCUUCUGGGACCUACCCGGAGAAGCAGAAGUUCUUCAUCUACGGAGAUUCAACUAGAACCAUCAUGUCUCACGUAAUGUCAAAGCUUCCUGAUUUCCAGUACACGGCCAUACUCUCAAAACGUCCUGACUACUUGACUCAAAGGAUGUUGGAGCUUGGAGUCGUGGCUGAGAUGGAUGCAGAUGAUGGUAGCAUACUGCUCGAGCUAGAGGAAGGAAAGAUGAAGCCUACUCAGGAGGGAAGAUGCUACAGUGUGAGUUUUAGAGGAGAGCUGAACGCAACAAUAUGCACCAAGAUAGACAUUCAAGAGUCAGUUUAUUUCAACAAGAUCGAAAACAUGAGUGUUAAAGUUGGUUCCUGAUAGACUAUUAACUGCGGACUGCCAUUAUCCUUUUCGCAUGGCUGGCAAAAUUGAGACACUUGUGCUGCCACAUGGACAAUUAUGAUUUAUGUAUUAUGAAGUUAAAAGCGAA